AUUAUUGCAGUUGCUUCACCCCCACAUCCUGCUAGUGGGCCACCCGGAGUAUCAGAGUGGCAGCUGGCUCAGUAUGAAGGAGGCAGGCGUACGUGUUACACGCGGGAGAAAGUGGCUCCGACUCGGCUCCUACUUAGAAGUGGAAAUCUGAAACACCAUUUAAUGUGCUAAAUUAUUACAGUAGCUACUGCACACUUGUAUAAGGACUAGAUAAGAAAAUAAGACCACACUGUUUUGCUUAACUAAAAGAACAACGGCAUUAAAUACUGAAAUAACUUAAUUCGGAAAGGAAUAAAUUAUUUUCAUCUUAGACUUAUGCAGGAUGGAAUACAGAGAUGAUGAACCUAUAAUUGAAGAGGAGGAAGACAACCAGAGGACAAAAUGCAGCAGCAAAGUGGGACAAAUUUUGCAGGAGAUCACCAUAGAGCCCAUGAUGUUCUUCGGUAUUAUGGCCUGGGCCAUCCAGUCAUCACUUGGAACCAACUUGUUGCUCACUAAGGUAUGCCGAGAACAGCAGAAUGAUACCGAGAUAUGUGCCAAUUUGACGUCUCGUGCUGAAGAAAAUGCCGCCGCCCAAAAGGUAGUCUCUACUAUCAAAAUGUAUGAACGACUUCUGACCGGCAUCCCAACUGUGAUCUUUAUACUCUUCUUGGGGUCAUGGAGUGAUAAGCAUGGACGGAAAAUACCUAUGAUUCUCCCUUUAUUUGGGAAUUUCCUUAGCACAUUGAUAAUAAUGAUAAAUGCAUACUGGAUUGAACUUCCUGCAAUGUACAUCUUGUUUGCUAGUAUUCCAAUAUCUUUAACUGGUGGCACCAUUACCUACUUCAUGGCAUGUUAUGCAUACAUGUCUGAUAUGACCAGAGAACGGACAAGAACAAUGCGAAUGGCAUUUUUAAACUUAGGCUUCAGCUUAGGGUCUCCACUUGGAUUCUUCCUUGGUGGCAUCCUCUUCGAUCGUGCUGGAUAUCUCGGAAACUUUGGUGCCAGUGCACUGUUUUUCUUAAUUGCAAUUAUAUACGCUAUUAUUCGAAUUGAAGAUACUCGUGGUCCAUUCUCAAAAUACAAUGAGCUAGUUCCUUUACCAAGGAAUAUGUGCAGUGGUCUCUUUGAUAUGAAGAAUGUCAAAGAUACAGUUCUUGUUGUCAAGAAGUUGCGACCAAACAAAGGACGGGGAAAAAUAAUUCUGAUGAUGGGAACCUUGUGUAUUUUUCAGAUUGUUUUUGGUUCCAGGAAUUUGGAUUUCUUGUAUAUAAAGCUCAAAUUUGGCUGGGACUACACAGAGUAUACCCACCUAAAAGUUGUCGGAAAACUCGCAAGCCUUGCAGCAAUGGCUGUCUUUCCACCACUGCUCAGUUACCGGCUUAAAGUUAGUGACGCCACAUUGGGAAUUGUGGCUUGUUUGUCAGAAAUUGUUCACCACAUUCUAGAAGGGUGUGCACCUUACUCUUGGUUUUUCUAUUUAGCAAGUGUUGUUUCAUCUGUAGGAGGAUUGGCAUUGGUUGUUUCUCGGUCCAUAAUCAGCAAGAUCGUUCCUCGAGAUGAACUAGGCAAAGUUUUCUCUAUGCUGGCCUUUUGGGAAUCCAUCUUACCUCUGGUGUCACACCCAUUGUAUACAGCUGUUUAUAAUGCCACCAUAGAGGAUUACCCUGGUACUAUAUACUUCCUGAGUGCCACCUUCCUUGGGGUUACUACUGUUAUUUUCAUAUGGUUGCUUGUAGAGAAAAAAAGGGAAAUAGUCUCAACCCAACUACACGAAGAAGAAUGAAUCAUGAAUUUGUAAAAAAAAAAUAUUCAGUUGUAUUUUCUUCAAAAAGGAAAAAUUUGGUUGUGAAACUAAAGGCAAGGUACACUGUACUGAUAUUUAGGUCCAUAUAUUUUGUCUAAUAUCAGAACUCACCAAAGUGUUCAAUCAUCCUAGUGUAUUUAAACAAAUUUUAAAUUUAUCAAACAUACUUAUACAGUACAGUACUGUGGCCAAUAUGACUAUAUGUGUACUGUAGUUUUGUAAAGUUACUCUACAGGCACUCAUUUUAACUGAGUUUUCUAACCUGGUUAUAUUUUAAUGUAUUUUGCCUGUAUGUGCUCUAUUCCUCAUUGAACAGGUGUCUCAAUAUUUAAUGCUGUGUGUAGACUGCAAAUUUAGUUAUACAGAGACUGUACUCCACUGACUUUUUUUUUUAUCAUCAUAUUGUCCAAGCUGAUAUAAUCUCUCACUUAUUAAAAAGGAGACAGGUUUCUCUUAUAUAUAUUCACUUCUGUCUUCUUUGUAUUCUAUGUAUUGUGCACUAUAGCUGCUCAUGCAAAACUUCUUAAUUAACAGUACAGUACUGUAUUACAUUUGCACUCAUGUUCUUAAGAGUUUUAGUUUCUACCUAAAAUUUGGACAAUCAUACUCACUGCAUUCCUGUUCUUUAUACUGUACAAUAUAUACAGUGCUUAUUGUUUUAGGUGCUCACAUUCCAUUAUCUAUACAAUUACAUUCCUAUUAAAAUUAUGCUGUGAGUUACCUUUGCAUAUACUGUCUGUAUGUAUUUAUUGUUGAUGGACUACAGUAGUGCAAUUACUAAUAUAGUGCCUUGAUUGUGACAGGUGUUAAUUUAGCUAUUCAUGCUCAAAUAUCAAUGGGAAAAUAGUGUAUGUCAUUCCUUUUCUGUUUUCCCCUGAAGGUGAAUGAAUGUCAGUUGUACAAUUUAGAUUAUUACAGGUACGUCAUCAAAGAUAAGAAAACACAACUUGUGUAAUUUUUCUUCUAGUUUUACAAAUACAGUACAAAUUUCUUUACACAAUAAGAGAUGUUUAUGUUUAGUUAGUUUAUUAUGGUAAAUAUGUCUUCGUAAUUAUGUUGUGCAAUUGAGUAAGGAUUGAGGUACCGGGUAUGUUUAGUACACAAGUACAGUACUGUACUGUAUACUGUAUAAGUAAAAUUAACUACAGUGAAAUCUCUAUUUAAUACUAUAUGGAGAGGAAAGUCAAUUACAUCAAGAUAUGAAACCUCCAUCUAUAUAUAUAUAUAUAUAUAUAUAUAUAUAUAUAUAUAUAUAUAUAUAUAGAUAUGAAUCCCCCAUCUAAUGAAUUGUAUGGAGAUAGGAGUCUGUUAUAUAGAGGUUUCAAUGUAAGUGAUUAAGAAUUUCACUUACAUGGUCAUCACUGAAGAGACAAAGUACGGUAAGUGAUACGGGAUAUCUAGAUUUGUCAGUACGUAAUUUUUAACAGAGUGAGCAGUUGGUCCAUUUUUCAUCUACGACUGAUGCUUUCCUCAUGAGUAGGAACAGGGAACAAUGGCGAGAGAAGGCAAGCGAGAUCAGACACGUGGAAAGACAAGCUAUUUUGGCUUUUGUUUGAGGUAAGAAAGGUUUGAGCCAUAAAAGUUAGUUUUAUAAUGAAAUUACUAAUAUUCACAGAUUAUUUUGAGGAAGAAAUUGAUACAGUAAUUAAAAGAACCUGAUGGGAAAAUGAGACCAAUGGAGAAUAAGUCAUAGACUACCCACUUAGUAGGAAUUGAAGUCUUUAGUGUAUUUAUGUAAUAAUCUUAAUUAGCAUUUUUAUAUGAAAAGUAUUAGAUUAUAAGAAAAAUGUUUUAUGUGUGAAAAAACAUGGUGCUAUGCUUUAUCAGAAAAUUAGUCAAUUAUAUUUGUUUCUUGUAUUAAGUUGUAGUACUGUAUUUCAUAAUUGUGAAUGAUUCUAAAGUAUAAUAUGCCAGUUUCAAAUGUCAGGUUUAAAUCCAAAGAGCUCAAGGUUCAAGUUAGUAGCUUAAGUUUCAAGUCUGAGUCACAGAAGCCUAACAGGAAGGAAUUAGGGAGAAAGGUCCACACUGCUUGGCUGAGAUUGUCCUGAAGGUAUUUUUGUUUUGGGAAAUUUAAAUAAAAAUGAGCAUAGAAAGCUUGACACUAA